UUCACUUCACUCAACAAGAAUUUGUGAAAAUUUUAAGUUAAUCAAAAUAAAUGUUUAGUGAAAAUUCCUCUUAAUUAGUAGUUAUAAUAAGCCUAGCAUUUGUUGAAUGCUAGGCAACCAAAUGUGAUUUUUUUGAGGCAAACAAGUUGACGUAGUGACAUUUUUGAGACGGACAAUAUGAGCAAACUUCUCUUAUUUUAUUUGGGAUUGAGGCGAUGUUAUUGUUAUUGCUGGUGAACGUUUAUUUACGAGUUUCUAGUGAUAUUAUUUUCGUUUACCGGCCACGUCAUCAACGCCACCUUGCCGGAUGGAUUUUCUGACGAUACCUCCCGGCAUUAGUCCGGCGGCAUUGCUUGAUUCUCCGUUCAUGCAACCAACUUCACUGACACCAACUGAGAAUGUUGGAGAAAUAUUGAAUUGUAUUGAAUCAAGAAAGAAUGAAGAAGAAUUUAGCAAGAAACAAAACCAACAAUAUGAGCAGAGAGGCAUAUAUAAUAGUGCUAACAAUUCAUCAGAUGAUGGAUAUACAUGGAGAAAAUAUGGACAAAAGCAAGUUAAAGGGAGUAAUUUUCCAAGAAGUUACUAUAAAUGUACUGAACCAAAGUGUCUAGUGAGGAAAAAAGUUGAGUCUGCACCAAAUGGACAUGUUAUAGAAAUUGUCUACAAUGGUGCUCAUACUCAUCCGAAAACUCGACGAAAAACUAGUGAUGUUGUUGCACAACAAAAUGGAUCAUCAUCAUCAUCUGAUUUAUUAUGGAGAAAUGAUCAGUACAGUAGAGAUGUUGCAGCAGCACUAGAACCUGUCAUCUCUGAUGCCUCCGAUUCAAUGUUGUCCAACAAUAUCAAUAACGUCUUUGAAUCUAAUGACAUUUCCUCUAAACUUACUACAUUUGAUGCUGAAAAUGAACAUUUAGCCACUCAUUUUCUUGGUGAUGGUAUCAAUCAGUAUGAAUUCGAGACUAAAAGAAGGAAGAAAGACGGUUAUUUAGCUGAACCAAGUUCACUGUCGAGAACAGUGAGAGAACCAAAAGUAGUCCUACAGGUGGCGAGUGAAAUUGAUAUUCUUGAAGAUGGCUAUCGCUGGAGAAAAUAUGGCCAGAAAGUUGUCAAAGGAAACCCGAACCCCAGGAGCUACUACAAAUGUACGAGUGGUGGAUGCACAGUGAGGAAACAUGUCGAAAGGGCAGCAGAUGACUUUAAAUCAGUAAUCACAACAUAUGAAGGGAAACAUAACCAUGAAGUGCCAUCAACAAACAAGACGAAUGGUGUUUCAGGAAAUGUUCGUUCAGCAUCUAUGUUAAACAACGGGCAACAGCCUUGCACAACAACAUCUCGUAAAAGUCUCAAAGAUUCAAAUUCGAGAGUGCAGUUUCAAGAUCUACCAAUUCCAUUCGAAAGAAAGCAUUUCAUGGGAAGCGAAUAUUUAAGGCCAAGUUACCUCGGGGACUUGAGUUACGGAGCUACUUCUUUACAACUCCCAGACUUCCCAUUACCAUUGCCAUUGCCAUCGCGAAUGAGCUUUCCUGCAAGACAGAACGAGUCUCACUUUCAUUUGAAUAACAAUUUCUUACUGCCAAAUGGUGCAUCCAAUUCUUUUUUAGCAGAUGGGAGUACACAACAUAUUCACGGUGACAACAAUAAUUCAAGACUCGUCAAAGCCAAAGACGAGAUUCAGUACUGGACCUAGCUCUUCCGCUAGCUGUCUUCUGAUACAUCAUUCAGUAUAGAUUCUUUGCAGUCACUGCUUUCGACUUAAAUAAUACACACACAGUUCAAGGUUUAGAAAUAUAUAUGUAUUUAUCCCCUUUGAUCAAGGUGGAACCAAUCGAGGCUACGACACAUUGGAACCAACAUAUCAGUGAGCGAACAAGCUAUAUGGAGCAUCACUUCAAUGAAAGGCGAUAACUGUGCAUUUCAAGAACUUGCAACUUGCAUAACAGGCCAAGUAUUUUGGCCUAAUUGUUGGCAUUGUUACUAACAUAAACAUCAAUUGUAUAGCGUUAAGCAAACUGAUGUAAACGAUUCUUUAGCCAACAAUGAAUAUGAGGGGAAUUACCCGAUGUUCCAUCAA